CAGUUCGCUGCGCCAAACUGAUGAGCUGACUGCACAUACAAUAUACAUGUAUAUAUUAUACAAAGCUCGCUGUCUAUAUUUACGCCACGCAGUUGGAAUUACCGUCAAUAAGUGCAUGGUGUUCCCGUUUAACCGCAAUUUGGACUUGUCACAAGAUCCCUAAGCAAUACUAUCGUCAGUUUACGGUUACAAUCGUACAUAACGAUUUGAGCAAUAUGGCAGUCGUUGACAACGUAAUCGCCGUUUUGACCAGCGCAGGCAACAGCUCGUCCGUCGUUUUCCUCUUAUGCCUCGUCGCGACAUUCCUCGUGACGGCUCUGGUGUGGCGGCAUCUGACGUACUGGAGGAAAUACACCUUCCCGCCCGGGCCUCGCGGCUGGCCCUUGAUCGGUAACUCUCCGCUGAUCGCUCCGGAUUCCGGACAGACCAAUGCCAACAUCACCCGAAUUGGAAAACAGUACCACCCUGACAUGUUCACGCUGACUUUGUACUUGGGAAAGCGUAUGCUCAUUUUAAACAGCUACGAGUCUAUUAAAGAUGCCUUUGUGAAGCAGUCGGCUCUUGUCUCUGACCGUCCAAGCGUGUGGCCAUUUACGUACAUCAAUGAAAAUCAUCGAAAUGUUGGUGUCUUCUUGGAGCCUUACACCGAGACUUGGAAAAGAGAGAAGAAAUACAUGGUACGAACCGUGCGUCAGUUUGGCUACGGUACCUCUGGCUCUGAAGAUGUCAUCCUUCGGGAAGCUAAUCACCUGGUCGAGCUUUUCAAGAAGAGAGGCGGGGAGCCAUUCGAGCCCGGUCGACCUUUAAGUUUGUGUUUCCUGAACGCGACUUUCUCCAUGAUUCUCAAUACCACCUAUGAGGAAGACGAUGAGGAAUUUGCCACUAUCUUGGAUUACAUCUUGCAGUGGUACGUUGAGAUCUUCAAGCUGUACAACGUGGAGCCGCUGUUGCCCCUCUACGACAGGCUCGGUCUCAACUCCCGGCUGCGCAAGGGCAAGAUGAUGACCAAGGAACUGCUGGCGUUCAUCCAGAAGCACGUCGACUACCACAAGGCGACCCUGGACCCGGACAAUCCGCGAGACAUGAUCGACUCGUGUCUGAUCGAGUUGGCCAAAGGCGACCCCAACAGCGACCUGAGGGAGUUCACCAACGAGAAGUUCUUGUGGAUGCUGUGGUUCUUCAUCCCCGACCAGGGAGACACGGCCUCAGGUCUGUUCCUCUUCCUGCUGCUGGCCACAGCUCUCCACCCUGAGGUGCAGCAGCGCGUCUUCCAGGAGAUCCAAGAUGUCAUCGGGGACCGUCCGCCAUCCCUGAAGGACAAGGAGAACAUGCCGUACACGGAAGCCGUUAUCCUUGAGACCCUGCGCAUGGACACCACCUUCUGGCUUCUGGUCCCACACUUCACCGCUGACGAUGUUGAGAUUUUAGGCUUCAAGAUCCCUAAAGACACGACAGUCAUUCCAAACAUCUACGCUGUUCACUUCGACCCCGAGCUUUGGGAUGAUCCGGAAGACUUCAAGCCUGAGAGGUUCAUCGACAAACACGGCCGGAUCAAUCGACCGGAUUACUUCAUGCCCUAUUCAACCGGACGCAGGUCAUGUGUUGGAGAGCAGCUGUCGCAGAAACAGUUCUUCCUGUUCUACAUCACUUUGAUCCAGAAAUUCAAGUUCAAACUCCCGGAUGGGGAUCCGAUCCCAAAAUUGGAAUCUCAGUGGUUGUGGGUCAGUCCGCCGUAUUUUCGACUGCAAGCGACAACAAGAGACUAGACAGAAAGCAAUGGUGACUUGCACAUUGUAAACAUCACGGCAAAUAAAUGACAUCACUUUGGGAAAAACAGAAACAUUAUUGAAAAGUUGCCAGGCCAUAGCCUCCAGUCAAUAUACAUGCGUUAUGGCUUGAUAUAGUGUCGUAGUCGUGCAAGCAAUAAGCUGUUAUUUGGUAUGAAAAGACGUAAUUAUGCGUAUUUGUACAUCCUGGAGUCCUGUAAGCGCUCAUAGUGGGACUUGGAGGUCGCUACUGAGCAAGUUGAGCGAAAGAGUCCCUCAACAGGAACUUACUUGCGACAUUUUUCACCCUCCUAUGAGUGGUCAUUGGUAUACGAAACUGAGUGACACGUCCAAGCAAAAGGCAAAGAUUGUUUUUUCUAAUUUAGAAAUAGAAAGGAUAAAGGAGACUGAAUAAAACGGCCAGCAGUCUCACUUUGUGUGAUUUGGUCACAUGUAUCGAUCAGUGACCCCAGAACUUAGAUGUAAAAACAACAUGUUGGAUUUGGGAUUCGGAGAGCGAAAGGCCAACUUCAACCACUCUUUUUUUUCUUGUUACAAGGUAUAUAUGCCGUAUAUCAAACUGCUUUGAAAGGCAUCAUGUUCAUGUAUGGUGUUAGAAUUUCUUGAUUAUUAAUAUUUUACAAUGUAUUGGACACUGAAUAUUCAUAACGUCAUUGAGAAGUAUGGUGUUGACAAACCUGAAUCAUUCUAUGUAUCUAGUAUUUUGGGAAUAAUUGGACAUGUAUACAGUAUUAAGGACUGAACAAAUCGUGUUUGAAUGCUAUAACGAAAAUGCUAUUGUUUAAACAUAUGCAGAGUGUAAUUAAUCAGAAUUUAGUGGGUCAACAUCUAGAGAGUAGUUUUGACUUUUGAAAAUGCCAUUUCAAAGAAAAGUUAGCUCGAGUUUAUUAUCAAAUUUAAAAGGAUGAAACAGUCAGAGAGUAAAUAUUACUGUAACGUUGUUCUGUAAACCUAUUUCAUUUCAAAUGAAACGUAAUCGUAUUUCUUUUUACCCGCACAAAAGGUUAAAUAGCAAGUGUAAACUGUAAAUAUUUGAGGCUGGCUGUUAUCGAAAAUGAGUGGAUAUUCCUUUCUAAACUUUAAAUGGAAAAACUAAAUGACCGUGAUUUGAACCAUAAUGGUGCUGUUUGGAGACUUGGUUUCCGAAAUUUACAUUAACGACGGUGUGUACGAAAUAAUGAAAUCGACUGUUGAUUCAGCAAGUGGUUACCUCGUACGGGGUAUACAUUAAUGCAUGCAUAGACUGCUACGAAGCCUGGCUAACGAGCAGGAGAGGGAACCAAGUCCAUGUGCCGUUUGUGGCGAAAUUACUGUAAGCUAACAUUUCUAAGUUCAAUUAACCGAUUUUCAUUUAAUUUGCUGUGAAUGUAUGAAUCCGUAUAGUAUACAUUCAGAGUGUUUAUGCACGACUUUUUUGCCAUUGUUUGAUAAAUACACAGAUUUUCAAUUUAUUCUGGAUCUACAAAUAUGUGAUAAAAUGCUGAGAAUAUGUACGUACACAUAAAAGCUCUCGGCGACUAUGAACAACGUAAAAAGAUAUGUGUAAUAAACUCUGGUGUUAUGCCCACCGUUA